UCUCGACUCGCCACAAAACGGAUACAAUCUGUUUAUUUAAACGGCGUUAACACAUUAAACAAUUAGUUUUAACGUUGUGUGAUGUUCCCAGGAGCCUGGGGACGCUCUCGUGCCGCUCGUAUCGUGGGGCUCCGGCCAGUUAACCCUCGUGGCUCCCUCAUAUAUAGGGAUUCUCAAACUUUUUUUAUGAUAUCGAGUGAUAUUUUGUUAAGUGUUUUCAAAUAUAAAUCACUCUUUUAUGGUUAUAUAUCCUGUAAGACAACUCAGACGAACAGAACUCCUUAUUUGGACUAAAACAAUAUAUUUAUUUAUUUUUUGGAAUAAUACCUAUCUUUUUUAUUGGGUAGACGCAAACGAGCACUAUAAAUUGAAAGUUUGUAGAAACUUAAUGUGGUGGGAUAAUAAGUAUGCCGGCCUACUGACUACAGCUAAGUGCCGUGAUUGGUCAGAACAAGCUACUAUGAUGUAAUUAUCAAUGGUCUAUAUAAUGAUUACCAUCCAAACAAUAUAAUUUAAUAUUAUGGAAUAAUGUGUCGUGGGAACGAACCACUAGGGUCGAAUUUUCAAUAGAAAAAUAUAGUCUCCAUCUAUACAAUAUAUUUGGUCUAAGGAUCCAUUCACACGUAUCACAACCACACCACAUCGCAGCGACAAAUUGUGGUUGCGUUGUGGUCGAUAUCACGCAUACGCGUGGAUUCGACGGCAUAAUGUAGUCGGUGUAAAUGGCAUUAUACAUUUUCAUACAAACUAUAUAGUAGAUAUAAACCCAUCGCUACCACAACGUCACCAAAGCUCAUCCACGUUUUGUCGCUGCGUUCUACUGUGGUACAUGUGAAUGGACCAUAAGGAAAAUUUUGACAACCACUGGUCUCCAUUGAGUGCACAAGUCUGUUGACGACUUGUUAAUAAUUGCGUAUAAUAAAUGCCUAAAUACAACAAACAGACAAAUAAGGGCAGGGGUCUUCAUAAUAGGAGCGAUUUAGUUUCCGAGCUAUUGAAUUCAGCAGAUAACUGCGGGAGUGCAUGUCUGUCUGCGAAUUUGUAGAUACCUAGGUUGGUAUAUUUGGAGCAUAUAGCUAUAAAUUCGUGUGUAUAGCAGCGCCCUUGUAAUCGUCCCCCUUUAAAAUGGUAGAUCACUUUGCAGAAAAAAAAUAUUAUACGUUUGUAGUUGUGUUUAAAUUAUUUAAGUCUCGAAACGAGGUGGUUCUAGUGAAGCUAUUAGAUACGUAUAAAAUUUAGUAAAUGAAAACAAUUUUACUACAUAAUCUUGUAAAAUACCUGUACUAAAAGCCAAUUUCCGCUUAAUUAAAUAUUAGGGAGUACAAUACCAAAUUAAUUAUUAUUUCUAUUAUGUUGUAAUAGAAUUUCAUCGCGUAGGGCUGACAGCGCGACCGCCACAAUUUUAACAAUAUAUUAACUGGAUUCUAGUUUGUUGUAAAUUGUAAUGCAAUUUCCAACUAUGCAAAUAAACAAAAUCGUUCUAGAGUUGUGUUAAAAAUUAAAUUGCUUUAUCGGACUUCUCAGGGAUGUUCUUCUGAGAAAUGUCACCGGAAGAAGUUCAUUGAGUAAUCAGACGCACUUACGAGCUACAUACUAGGGUAGACAGAGAUUUAUAAAUUUAAAAUCAUCUUAGUUUCAUAUGGAAGAUUAAAUGAAGAUUAUAUUAUUAUAGAACAUAAUAUUCUGUCCAGUAAUCGGCUUUUCACGUCUUCAAAUUUUUAUGAACUAAUUAAAUACUAUAUUUAUUCCUGUACCGUAAAACUCAUUUGUCACAUCAUAAUAACAGUAAUUUAUAAGAAGUUCGCGACACGGAUUAAUUAAGUGCAGUAAAAAGCCGUUUUGCAGAAGGCGCCAAUACAUGUUCCGGGCACUUUGAGGGGCGCGUGGCGUGCGCGUGUCGGCCGCCGGUGCGCCACGCGGCAUCGGCCACGCGGCUUUGGCACAAAGGCCGGCAAACCACGUGCGCGGCCUUGCCGGAUAAUCUCGCCCAAGCAUAUGCAGCCAAAUAAAUAAAUUAACCAAAGCCGCUGCGGUUUAUAGCCUAGAAAUGCAAUUUAAACGUUGGUUUUGCAUUUAAAUUAAUACCCAUGUGAACUACGCGUUUGUUUUAAGGGUUGGAGUUAUUAUUUGGCUUUCGUCGUAAAAAAACAUUAUUACUAUCGUAACGGGAAAGCGCUACAGAGACUAGUAAGCAUGCAUGUGCGUUUUUAAAAGCUGUCCAACGAUUUGAAUAGAAUUCGUAUUUCGAUUCUUUUCCGACGGCAAAGAGUAUCACGCAAGAUACGCUGAAACUUACUAAUAUUGGAAACAAUAAGGAUAGAGACAAACGGACUGGCAGUGAUCUACGUUGAGAACGCAAGUCAAACUCACCGAAUCCACGAAGCACUUCACUUGACCUGGCUUAACUGCGACCUCUUUAAAUCACUACAAUCGAGAGCCCACCGCACAAUACUAAAUUAUAUCUACAGGGGAUCUCACGCGAAAAACUAUCAAACAUGCUUCGUAGGGGCGUGGUUUGUCACGUGGCGGAGCGUGGCACGCCGGGCGCAGCGACACGCCGCGACAAAUCAAUUACAGGGCCUACUUGGGUACUACUUCCGCAGCGCCGCCAAAUGAUACCCGUAGCCGAAAUUACUUGUUUAUAGUUAACGGCGACUCACUAAUUUAUGACAAAUGCAGGGCCGCCCUAUGUCGCACUCUUACUUGUUAACUAGCUGGGAUAAACUCGCAUGAGUGUGUUUAUUAUAAUUACUGGGAAUUUAUUUUUGUGUCGAAAACCCUUUUGGGUAAUAUAUGUUUAGUUUUAUUACUUUAUAUUACGCCCUACAUGACUAUAUGGAUUAUUAAUAUCGGUAUAACCUUUACAAAAAUAAUGUCUAUAAAAUCUUACUCAAUGAACGAUACACUAAACUUGUCGAUAUCUUACAAAAGGCAUUGAAACUGGGAACAGUUUUCGAAAUAUACUCACAGCUUGAGGCUAUCUUGGUAGAGCGGCGUGUAUUUUAUAGACGCUGUCAAAAACACUCCUCCAACCACCAAUGGGAGAGAGGAUGGCUCAUCGAUCCUCUAACACUCCCACUCGUCUGCAUAAGGACAUAAACAAUUAUCCCAGCCAGAACUUCGCUCCAACAGUAAUUACUCUGACGAGCUGUAUAAUUGUAAUAAUAUUGAAAAGAAUAAGUAAUAUUAAAAAAGUAUAAACUUCAAUUAAUAUACUAAACAUUUCAUUUUCAUUUAUAAAUAAAUGGAAACGCAUUAACGAUAAACUUUUAGGCAAUUUUACGCAGUUAUUACACAAACCGCCUAAUAAUUUUUCAGCAGAAGGACCUAUACUUUUAUCGGGAUAACUCGUAGGCUCCGCCCCUUUCUUCCCUUAUUAUACAAAGCGCCACCCCCACAGCCAGGGGUUGUGGCGCACACCACCAAACUUGCAAAAUGAUGUUCGUCGCAAAUGAAACCUUAUUAUUUGGUUUACACGGGUGAUGUUAGUUGUGAGCGGAGUUUGUUGUUGCGACACACAGUCUGACAGUUGUUGAAAUGGCCACCCCUAGUUGUAUAAAAUUAUUUUACGCACUGGGAUAAGGCUCAGUCAGUUUUGGGUAGUGACUGUGGAAAUAAGAAAAAACAAACAUAAAAAAGUGAAGAUGUCAGGCGCCAGGACCCAGCUCGCAGACUCCUCCACCUCGCCCUCGCUCAGUGAAAAUCGUCGCCUGGAGUAUUCCGGUCUAAAGUUCGCGUACGCGGAGGGCUCGGACGAGGAGGGCCCGGCGCUGUCGACGGAGCUGCCGUCGUGCGUGUAUGCCGCCGCCCGCUCCCGACUACAGCUGCCGCUCGCCGCCUACGUGCACCAGCACACUAGACAACUGCAUAACGAUGGUCUGCUGGAGCCGUCUCCUGAGCCGGAGUACCAGUGCAACGGCUCCCCCUACCGCGUGCAGCGCGCGGCGGCGAACGUGCGCGAACGACGCCGGAUGCUGAGGUCCGGACCCAAUGGCAGUAUAAACUCGGCGUUCGAUGAACUGCGUGUGCACGUCCCAACAUUUCCCUACGAGAAGCGGCUCAGCAAGAUCGACACGCUGCGUCUCGCCAUCGCCUACAUUGCCCUGCUCAGAGAGGUUUUGGAUGCUGACUAUGAUCCGUUGACAUACGUAGAAAAAUGUCUUCGAGGAGAGAUCAAGGCUGAUCGCGCCCACUGGAAUACUAGCGAUCUAACAGCCAGGUUGUCUUGGAUCAACUGGGAGAAUCUGGGCGUGAAUCCGCAGCGACGUAGUGUCCUCACGUCACUGGCUCUCAGCUCUGACAACCUGCAGUACACACACAACUAGUCACAGUUUUUAGCACAAUACAACAGAUCUUCUGGGGAGAUCGAGGACAAGUCUCAAUAAUUAGAAUGUAGUAAUAGAAUUUAGAGCGGUACAAUCAGCAACAAUAGUUAUCGGAUUAUUUAACGUAUACUAAACUCAAAUGUACCUAUACAAUAUACAAUAGUUUUGAAUAUACCUAGAUCCUGUUAUGUAUUUACCUUAGUGGAAAUUUAUUUAUGAUUUAAUAUAAUAGUCGCAUAUCAUGUAAUUGGUUUUAGGGUGACAGCUGUUAUUUACAGCCUUACCAAUAAACCUAUUUAUCGGUUAUUUUUUUACCUUGGCCAGUGUUUUGUCUCUUUGUUAUAUAAUUUCACGUCAAUACUAUACAACGAGACUAACAUGGUUGUAACGUGUAUUGAAGAGGUUAGAACGUAUGCAGACUUAUUUUAUGUCAACGACGUUCGUUUUUGAUACGUAUGUACUAUCCAGUUUUCGAUUGAAUACGCGUUUUAUUUGCAUUUGGAACGCGUUGCCGUCGCGUAAAAUCUAACCCGGCAUACUCUCUUUGUAUUGGCUGUUGAAAUUUUCUUAGCGAUUGUACGCCGUACUGUCACCGCGCUCGCAUACAACGAAUACGAACAAGCUAGACAGCUUCUUUAAUUAUUCGGUGCAAUAUUUAGGUUAAGUACGCUGAAAAGUAAGCGAUGUAAAGGCACGUAACGUAGUACACGCAUAGUAUUUAUUAUUGUUGAACAAUAUUGGAUUAAAAAAAUAAUGCAUAUACAA